CAGUGUGUUUAGCGUACACAUACACAGAGGCUAGUGCUAACCAGCUAUUUGCUGUUUGUUACCGAUUCCAGGGACGUCGACAUUAUAUGAAGUUGAGCCGUCGAAGGAAAUGUGUCGGGGUUUCUUUCGCUAAUUCGGCUCUAAGACCUUAAACCUUCGGCUGUUUGUCGUUGGCUGCGUUGGUUGUGACGCUAACAGCUAGUUACCGUUAAACGGCAACCGAAAGAGCGAUGAAAGAACUGAAUAUUUAAGUCUGGAUAUAUUUUACACGUGUAUUAGAGGUAGGCGAUAUCUUUAUCUGCUAUGUAACAGCUUGUAAAGCUCACUGGACAGUGUGGAGGAAGUGUUAUGAUUGUUAUUAUAACCGGCGGAAGACUGAGACUCCAGGCGCUCGGAUGGAUAACUGUAGAGUUCUGAUCUGGUUAUAGGAGCACGAGCCAGUGUGCGGUAACUAGAGCUAAUAACUCCCUUCUGGAUUGUUCUUCAGACUGCUAGAGGACACUUGUCUUCUUUUAGACGCCAGGCUGUGAUGUCCAUCGAUUUUGAUAGCGCUGCCUUACAAACGCAGCAUGAAGAGGAAGAGGAGUAUGAUCAAGAGGACUACGCCAGGGAGCAGGAGCUGCAUAAGCUCCUCACUGACCUCCCGGAUGAUAUGCUUGAGGAUAGUCACGACUCCUCGCCAGAGCUGGACUACUCAACCUGCAGUCCUCAAAGAGACAAUGACCGACCACAGCACGUUUGGAAUGGACAGUCUGACCAACUACAGCCUCCUCGUUCUGAAACAAAUCCUGAGGAUGCCUAUGAUCAGUCUAAUCAUCAGGGUUAUAUGUAUGGCCGUGGUCACGUUCAUCACCUUCAUGGUAGGGCAGAACAUUUAACCCAUGGCUGGGAAACGCACGAGGACCAGAACUGUCAGUAUGAGUCUGGAGGCUCCGUCUACUCCUCUACUGGAACAGCAGAACCGAACGGCACCAACAACUUUUCUGUUGGGGACUAUGAACAGGAAGCUUACCCAAGCCCAGGUCAUCACUCUGGAGCAGAUGGCCAAGACUUUGGAGAACACGGCAAUGUCCGAAACCAUUUUCAGAAAUUUGAUAAUAGAAUAACUGAUGGCCAAGACACCGACUGUUACAAAGCCACCUACCAGCCACACAACCCAUCAAGACAACCAAAUAUGUUCAACAUCCAUUCAUCUCAGCCAAAUGGCCACUUUGACCAGCUGCAAAGAGACUUUCUUGAAUCAUCACCAACUACUGUUGAUGCCCAGGAAUAUGCUCAGUUGAAGAUUCUAAACAAGGCUCAGCUGAGGCAGAUUGAGGAUCUGGAGCAGAAACUGGAAGAUAGCAGGCGUAAAAUGAGAUACCUUGAGCAUCAGUUUGCCAUUGUAAAAGAUGAAAAGGAUGGGCUGACAUUAUCACUGAAGGAGUCCAGUCAUCUCAUAGAGGAGGCAAAAGAGCGUGAGUCUCGACUACAAGCGAAAGUCAUGUCUUUGGAGCGACACGUUCUGACCCUUACAGAGAGGGAACAGGAGAACAUGAAGAAGCAAUGUGCUGCAGAGGCCACAGUAGACAGUCUGCAGCAGCAGAUGAUGGAGCUGUGUCGCUCUGACACGCUGACACGAGCGCGGGAGCAGCAUGACCGAGACAUGGCUGCCAUGAAGGAACAGCACGAAGCUAGAGUGCUUACCCUACAGCAAAAAUUAGACAACCACGGUCAAAAUCUGGAGGAGCAGGUGCAGGUGGCCCAGAGGCUUCGGGAGCAGGUGAGGCAGCUGGAGAAGCAGAGAGAGGAAGAGCAGGUGGACAGAGCUGCACUCAUCAAUGCCCUCACACAGCGUUUGGAGGAGAGCCAGCAGCAGUGUGCCAAGCUGCUUCAAACUGGUUGUGUACAGGAGAUGAACCAGAUGCAGCUUAAACUACAGCAGAUCCAGUCUGGUCGUAACAUAAGUGAUAACAUGAACAAAGCGCUGCAAGAAGAGUUAAAUGAGUUAAAAGAGCAGAUUGUCCUGUAUGAGUCUGCUGUGAAGCUGGGAGCUGUUUCAUUUGACUCAAAACCAAACUGGGAAAACCAGCUCUCUGAGUCCUACAUAGAUCUUGGCAUUAAGAAAGUUAACUUGAGGGAUGGCAGAAAUCACAGCACUCCCGUCGUGUCAGACUCUAGCAUGCCUCAGGAGGACUUGUUGAAAGAGCUGAAGACUGAGCUGCAGCGAUGUCUAGCACAGUUGAAAACUAAAAGAGAGAAGAUCACCCGCUUACAGAGGGAGCUCCAGACCUCGCAGACUCAUGUGGAACAGCUACAGACUCAGCUACAAGGAGCUGAGAAGAAUGCUAAAGACUCUGUGGUGCGCGAAAACAGCCUAGAAAAGCUUUUGGAGAAAUCAAACAUCACCCCUCACAAAGAGGUUGCAAGACUGGAAGAAGAACGACAGCAGCUCCAGAAGCGAGUAGAGGCACUCGAGUUGAGAAAUAAGGAGCUGAAGCAGAGCGAGGAAAAGGUGAAGGCUGCUAAUUCUGAGCUCUGCACCAAGAUGAGGGAGAUGAUUCAGGAGCUAGACCAGGAAAAACAAGAGGCUGCAGAGAGGUAUGAGAGAACCCAGCAGCAGUACAGAGAUGAUGUGGUUCAGCGUGUUCGCGCAGAACUCACUCAGGAACAUGUGUCUCAAGUUGAGCAGCUUACUGCCCAGCAUCAACAACACAUCCAGCAGCUGGAGUCUAAAUUAACUGACCUAAGUCAAGAAGUACUAGCUGUGCAGGAAUGCUACAUCUCAGUUUGCAAGGAGAAGGAUAAACUUGAAGAAACCCUUCAGAACAGAAUAGAUGAGGAGAGAAAGUUGAAAGACCUUGAGAUAAAGAGACGGCAGGCGCUGGAGGAGGCACAGGAGAAACAGAAAGCAGAUUCUGCCUCCCAACACCAGGAGGCUGUUGCUCAGCUUAAGGCUCAGUGGACCAAAGACAAAGAGAUGGAGAUACAGUUGCAGGUCACUAAGCAGCUAGCCUUUGCCAAAAAGAGCUGGCAGGAAGGACAAAAAGAACUGGAAAAGAAGUGGGAGCGCAAACUGGAAGACGCCAUUAAGGAGAAACAAAAAGCCAAAUCUACAGAAACGCAGGACGGCUCCUCUCAGACGGACACUGUCGAUUCUGUGACCCAGGCUUUCUCUUUGGAGGACCUAGAGGACCGACUCGAGGCCCAGAGGAUGGCACUGCAGCGAGAGUCUGACAGCAAGCUGAGCAAAGCGGUGGAGGAGGCUGUGAGAGACAAAGAGAGAGAGAUGCAUCAGAAGCAUGUACAGGAUAUGACAUUGCAGGUGGAAAGGGCUGUCUCUAGGGCUCGUAAUCGCUGGCUCCAAGAGAUGUCCUCCCUCCCAGAGUACAAAGACAGUUUGCAGAUAGAGAGAGAACAGUGGGUAACUAAACAGCAGCAGCUCGUUCAAGAUCAGGUGUCCUCAGCAAUAAAAGCAGCUGAAGAAAAAUGGCAGGAGACAAUGAGCAGAAAAUGCGAGGAGUUGGAGGACUUUGUGCACAGAAACCAGGAGCUGCAGGAGAAGUUGAACUGCCUGAAGACGCAGCUAGAAAGUUCGGGUGAGGAGAAGAAGGCGCUCCUCCAGGCUGAGCUCUCUGCAGCUAGAGCUUUGUGGAACACUGAAAAGCAGGAAGAGAUUUCAUGUCUUAAGAUGCAACUCCAACGGGACCAAGAGAGCCUAAAGGAAAAGUAUAAGGCCCAGCUGGAGAGGAGGAUAGAAGUGAUUCAGGAGGAGGCUCUCAGGCAGGGGCAAGCACAUCUACAGGAAGCCUUGCUGAGCAAGGAGCAGGAGUGGAGAAGUCAGCAACAGCUCAAGUUGAGGGAGGAACGGCAGCAAUCUAUGGAGGAGAUGCUGGCUGAGUUGAAGGAGGUGCUAAAGGAAGUCGAGGAGCAGAGAGAAGUUGCUGAGGAGCGAGAUAGCAGGGAAGGAGGUCUAAGGGCCACACUGAGGAACUUGUGCAGAGACGCACUGGCCAAAGCUGUAGCCAGCACCAAGCAGGAUUUGGUGAAGAGCAGUGAGGAGAAGUUAAGACGUGUGCUGAAGGAAACCCAAGAACAACAUGAAAAGGAGCUCAGUCAGAGUUGCUCAUUGGACCAGGGGAAUGAAAAGGUCUGUAACAGCAAAAGUUGUAAUGACACCAAGGGCAAGCUUCAGAAGAAAAGUCAGGAGCUUCAGAGGCAUCUGGAGAAAGCGUGUCGUCAGCUGCAGCACACAGUUCGAGAGCACAAGAGCACCCUGCAUAAACUGAAAGAAGAGCAUGAAGAACUUCUGCAAAAAGAGAGGGAAACCAAUGCAAAAGCUAUUGAGCAGGCCAAAGUGUCUGCAUGCAAAGAGAUAGGUGGUGCAGUCAGUCAACAAAAUCUUCAAGCUGGCCUUGAAGAAAUGAAUGAACAAUAUAUGAAAGCUGUGCAAAAAAUUAGAGGUGACAUGCUGCGCUACCUGCAGGAGAGCAAAGAGCGAGCAGCUGAGCUGAUUAGAGCCGAGGUCCUGCGAGAGAGGCAGGACACGGCCCGCAGGAUGCGCAGAUACUACCUCACCUGCCUGCAGGAGCUCCUGGAAGAGGGGGGCCAAACUACUGGUGCUGAGAAGAAAAUCAUCAAUGCUGCCAGUAAACUGGCUGCCAUGGCCAAAGUGCUGGAGACACCUGUAGCUAAAAAGAAACUUCAAAGGACUCAGGAUGUACAAGAUCCAUCAUCAAAUUUGAAAGAAAACUCUAAAGUUGACCAUCCUGCCAAAGUGUCAUGUUCUGCAUCAAGCCAAAGCCGUUCUGACAUAACUGAGUCUGAUCAAGUUUGCAGGAAUGAGCAGAGGCAGCAGAUGAAGGUCCUCACUGAGCCCAGCUUUGCAGCCCAAACACCCAGAAUCAAAACUACAGGCAAGACGUCUCAGCCUGACUUCAAAUCUGUGAAGAUGACUGUUAAAAGUCCUAAGGAAACUGAACCUGCCACCCCACGGGUACUUCACUCUCAUCAUCCCAAAUCUUUCUCUGCAUUCGCUUCGCCCAGUGCACAUUUUAACACUGCUGGCUCUUUGAAUGUGACAUCGAGGAAGCAUAGCAGGGAGGAGUACCUGAUGAGGACAGAAGCAGGAAAAGCCAGCGACUGUUUUACUCCUCAGUUGACUGUUGAGACUUUCCUAAUUGAAGAGGCGCCUGUGAGAGAUGAUAGCCAGAGUGACUGGAGUUUAUCCAGUAAUGGGUCUACUUUUACCAACAAUGUUCAUCUGAUCUCCUCCUCCUACUCUAGCAAACGUCCAGGGCCAGUUAACUCAUUUCCAUUGACUGGUCCUGCUGUAGAUGGUCUGGACUUUGGAAGCACCGUAGGUGAUAACUCUGAUGUAACUGUUUACAAAGAGAUUGCCAAAAGGCCUUCUGGGGUCAAACCCAAGAAGAAUGCAAGCAUUAAAAUGACAAAGAGCAGGGAGCCAAUCCCAGGCUCUGAGGAUGAGGAGAUCCAUAAAGCAUGUCCUAAGAGUUUACUUUCUCAAUUUAAAACCUGUCAGCAGGACAGUGGCUUUGACAGCCCAAUGUCGCAGAUUCUAAAAUAAAAUGGUGUGUGUGUGUGUGUGUGUGUGUGUGUGUGUAUGUAUACACAUUUACUUUAGUCCGUGUGUGAGAGAGAGCCAAUUGCACUGAUUUGACUGAAUAUAUUGAUGUUUGUCAGGAUUUCUUAUUUAAACUGUUUUUGUACUGUCUUUUGUGCAUUUAAGUUUUAAAAGUCUUACUAAAAUGUCUGAUGCUGGUGGUAUUGCAGUACUUUUAAGGCAUUUGCGUUUAAUUCAAAAUGCAGUUUUAUAUUUUUAUAUGUAUUAAAUGUGAUAUACUUUCAGACA